GGCAACUCAAGGAAGCGGAGGGCGAGCGGCCGCCCCCGGGUCCUAGCGCCCGCCCGUCCGCCCAGCGCCGCCAUGGCGGCCACCGGGGUGCUGCCCUUCGUGCGCGGCGUCGACCUCAGCGGGAACGACUUCAAGGGCGGCUACUUCCCGGAGCACGUGAAGGCGAUGAGCAGCCUGCGCUGGCUGAAGCUGAACCGCACGGGGCUCUGCUACCUGCCCGAGGAGCUCGCCGCCCUCCAGAAGCUGGAGCAUCUGUCCGUGAGCCACAACAACCUCACCACGCUCCACGGCGAGCUCUCCGGCCUGCCCUGCCUGCGGGCCAUCGUGGCUCGUGCCAACAGCCUGAAGAACUCGGGCGUCCCCGAUGACAUCUUCCAGCUGGAUGACCUCUCGGUGCUGGACCUGAGCUACAACCAGCUGACGGAGUGCCCCCGCGAGCUGGAGAACGCCAAGAACAUGCUGGUCCUCAACCUCGGCCACAACAGCAUCGAGGCCAUCCCCAACCAGCUCUUCAUCAACCUAACGGACCUGCUCUACCUCGACCUGAGCAACAACAAGCUGGAGAGCCUCCCGCCGCAGAUGCGCCGCCUGGUGCACCUCCAGACCCUCAUCCUCAACGACAACCCGCUCCUGCACGCGCAGCUCCGGCAGCUCCCGGCGCUGACGGCCCUGCAGACCCUGCACCUGAGGAACACGCAGCGCACGCAGAGCAACCUGCCCACCAGCCUCGAGGGCCUGGCCAACCUGGCAGACGUGGACCUGUCCUGCAACGACCUGAGCCGCGUCCCCGAGUGCCUCUACACCCUGGGCAGCCUGCGGCGCCUCAACCUGAGCAGCAACCAGAUCGCGGAGCUGUCCCUCUGCAUCGACCAGUGGGCCCAGCUGGAGACCCUCAACCUGUCCCGCAACCAGCUCACCUCCCUGCCCUCUGCUAUCUGCAAGCUGACCAAGCUGAAGAAGCUCUACCUGAAUUCCAACAAGCUCGACUUCGACGGGAUCCCCUCGGGCAUCGGCAAGCUCGCCAGCCUGGAGGAGUUCAUGGCGGCCAACAACAACCUGGAGCUGAUCCCCGAGAGCCUCUGCAGGUGCACGAAGCUGAGGAAGCUGGUGCUGAACAAGAACCGCCUGGUGACGCUGCCGGAGGCCAUCCACUUCCUGACGGACGUGGAGGUCCUGGACGUGCGCGAGAACCCCAACCUGGUGAUGCCCCCGAAGCCGGCGGACCGGGCAGCGGAGUGGUACAACAUCGACUUCUCCCUGCAGAACCAGCUCCGCCUGGCCGGCGCCUCCCCAGCCACCGUCGCGGCCGCCGCCGCAGGCAAGCGGGGCAGGGAGGGAGGAAACCCCCUGGGGAAGCAGCCUCACCCCACAACCUGCCCCAUGCCGGGCGUUGGGGGGGGUCCCGGCUGCCUCUCACCCCGUUCCCUGUCCCCAGGGAGCGGCACCAAGGACCCCCUGGCCCGCAAGAUGCGGCUGCGGCGGCGCAAGGACUCUGCCCAGGACGACCAAGCCAAGCAGGUGCUGAAGGGGAUGUCGGACGUGGCGCAGGAGAAGAACAAGAAGAUAGAGGAGAGCGGGGAGGCGAAGGCGCCGGACCUGAAGACGCGCCGCUGGGACCAGGGCCUGGAGAAGCCCCAGCUGGACUACUCGGAGUUCUUCAGCGAGGACGUGGGGCAGCUGCCCGGCCUCUGCGUCUGGCAGAUCGAGAACUUCGUGCCCACGCUGGUGGACGAGGCUUUCCACGGCAAGUUCUACGAGGCCGACUGCUACAUCGUGCUCAAGACCUUCCUGGAUGAGAACGGCUCCCUCAACUGGGAGAUCUACUACUGGAUCGGGCAGGAGGCCACGCUGGACAAGAAGGCCUGCUCCGCCAUCCACGCCGUCAACCUGCGCAACUACCUGGGGGCCGAGUGCCGCAGCAUCCGGGAGGAGAUGGGCGACGAGAGCGACGAGUUCCUCCAGGUCUUCGACAACGACAUCUCCUACAUCGAGGGCGGCACGGCCAGCGGCUUCUUCACGGUGGAGGACACGCAGUACGUCACCAGGCUGUACCGCGUCUACGGGAAGAAGAACGUCAAGCUGGAGCCGGUGGCGCUGAAAGGGACGUCGCUGGACCCCCGCUUUGUGUUCCUCCUGGACCACGGCCUCGACCUCUUUGUGUGGCGGGGGAGCCGGGCCACGCUCAGCAGCACCACCAAGGCCAGGCUCUUCGCCGAGAAGAUCAACAAGAACGAGCGCAAGGGCAAGGCGGAGAUCAUGCUGCUCACCCAGGGCCAGGAGAGCCCCGAAUUCUGGGAGGUGCUGGGGGGGCAGCCCGAGGAGAUCCGGCCCUGCGUCCCCGACGACUUCCAGCCCCACAAGCCCAAGCUGUACAAGGUGGGCCUGGGGCUGGGCUACCUGGAGCUGCCCCAGAUCAACUACAAGCUGUCGGUGGAGCACAAGAAGAGGCUGAAGGCCGACCUGCUGCCGGAGAUGCGCCUGCUGCAGAGCCUGCUGGACACGAAGAACGUGUACAUCCUGGACUGCUGGUCCGACGUCUUCAUCUGGAUCGGGAGGAAGUCGUCGCGGCUGGUGCGGGCGGCGGCGCUGAAGCUGAGCCAGGAGCUGUGCGGCAUGCUGCACCGGCCCAAGCACGCCAUGGUCACCCGCAACCUGGAGGGCACCGAGUGCCAGGUGUUCAAGUCCAAGUUCAAGAACUGGGACGACGUCCUGCGCGUGGACUACACCCGCAACGCCGAGACGGUGCUGCAGGACGGCGGCCUCGCCGGCAAGGUCCGCAAGGACGCCGAGAAGAAGGACCAGAUGAAGGCCGACCUCACGGCGCUCUUCCUGCCCCGCCAGCCCCCCAUGCCCCUGAGCGAGGCGGAGCAGCUGAUGGAGGAGUGGAACGAGGACCUGGACGGCAUGGAGGGCUUCGUGCUGGAGGGCAAGAAAUUCGCGCGCCUGCCCGAGGAGGAGUUCGGCCACUUCCACACCCACGACUGCUACGUCUUCCUCUGCAGGUACUGGGUGCCGGUGGAGUACGAGGAGGAGGAGGAGAAGAAGAAGAAGAGCGACGGCAAAGGGGACGAGGAGGGCGAGGAGGAGGAGGAUGAGAAGCAGCCCGAGGAAGACUUCCAGUGCAUCGUCUACUUCUGGCAGGGCCGCGAGGCCUCCAACAUGGGCUGGCUCACCUUCACCUUCAGCCUGCAGAAGAAGUUCGAGAGCCUCUUCCCCGGCAAGCUGGAGGUGGUGCGCAUGACGCAGCAGCAGGAGAACCCCAAGUUCCUCUCGCACUUCAAGCGGAGGUUCGUCAUCCACCGGGGCAAGAGGAAGGAGAAGGCCAGCCCGCCGCAGCCCAGCCUCUACCACAUCCGCACCAACGGCGGGGCCCUCUGCACCAGGUGCAUCCAGAUCAACACGGACGCCGGGCUGCUCAACUCCGAGUUCUGCUUCAUCCUCAAGGUCCCCUUUGAGAGCACGGACAACCAGGGCAUCGUCUACACCUGGGUGGGCCGCGCAGCCGACCCUGACGAGGCCAAGCUGGCCGAGGACAUCAUGAACCAAAUGUUCGACGACUCCUACAGCAAGCAGGUGAUCAACGAGGGAGAGGAGCCCGAAAACUUCUUCUGGGUGGGCAUCGGGAGCCAGAAGCCCUACGAUGAAGAUGCCGAAUACAUGAAGCACUCCCGGCUCUUCAGGUGCUCCAACGAGAAGGGCUAUUUCGCCGUGUCCGAGAAGUGCUCCGACUUCUGCCAGGACGACCUGGCCGACGACGACAUCAUGCUGCUGGACAACGGGCAGGAGGUCUACAUGUGGGUGGGCACCCAGACCAGCCAGGUGGAGAUCAAGCUGAGCCUCAAAGCCUGCCAGGUCUACAUCCAGCACAUGCGCUCCAAGGACCCCGCGCGGCCCCGCAAGCUGCGGCUGGUGCGGAAAGGCAACGAGCCCUGGCCCUUCACCCGCUGCUUCCACGCCUGGAGCGUCUUCCGCAAGCCGCCCGCCUAAGGGCUGGGGGCACCCGGGGCUGCCCUCCCCCCCGCCCCAAGCCUGACCACUGGGUCUGCUUCAGCCCCGAGCUGGGGCCAGGGGGUAGCACGGGGCUGUCCCUGUCCCCCCCCAUCCUGCUGGGGGCACACGGGGGUCCCCGUCCCCUCGUGCCUUGGGCUGCUGCUGCCCCAAGGCCGUGCCGAGCUCCCCGCACGUGGGGGACCCCAUUUUUAGCUUUGCUGAAGAGCACUGGGGGGGGGGGGGAACCAAGGGGCUCCCCCCCACACCUUUUUGUUGUCCUGCAGAGAUGGGGUGCCACCGCCCCCCAGCAUCAAGGGGGGGGGGGUGGCAGCCGCUCGGUAUCUUAUCAAUAAAGGCUGCACUUGUCACCGCGA